AUGGUUCUCGCACUCUCCGGCAUCAGCCUUGCCAAGUACGUGCAGUCGUCGCCGGCGCUCAUGCGGGUGCUCAAGCCCGUCGCCAACGCCUACGCCAACGCGACUGGCCACCGUCAGAUGGGUCUGCGCUACGACGACCUCAUCAUCGAGGAGUCGGAGCGUGUCCAGAAGGCUAUCUCGCGUCUUCCUGAGAAGGAGGCCUACGACCGUGCCUUCCGCCUGCGUCAAGCUGCGCACCUCUCCGUGCUCCACCGUGAGCUCCCCAAGGAGCAGUGGCUUCCCGCUAAGGAGGAUAAGCGAUACCUCACCCCUUACGUCCAGGAAGUCGCCAACGAGGAGGCGGAACGUGCCGCAUGGGACACUGUCUCGGUCAAGAAGGGUCACUAA